ACUCGACCGACAUACUCUACUAGAAUUCGAUACUAAGAUAGAUCCUUCAUAUGAAGCUCCCAAUGCAGAGCUGGAGCUUUGCGCUCUUGGUUCUGCCGUGUCUGUGUCUGAGCCGACCUCAAGAGAAGAACUCCGCCCAGACUGUCCAAGUAAUUCAGCAUGAAAGCUUUCCUCCUGAAGGCCCAAACUUCAGCUUAGUUCUGGAGACCAGCAACGGUAUCAGGGAGACUAAGGAAGGCUCUGAAGGACCAGAGGGAACUUCAGUUAUAAAAGGCUCUUACAGUUUCCUCAUGGAGGACGGUAGCAUUGUAAUGCUCCAUUACACGGCGGAUGAGAACGGCUUUGUUGCAGAGUCACCUAUUCUUCCUAGCUCUCCUCCUCUGCCCCUACACGCGCAGCAGCAAAUUGCAUCUGCUGAAAAUGAAAGACUGCAAGAAGCACUUCAGCUAAGACAACAACCACCUGAAUUUCAGCCACUGCCUCAAUUUGACCAAUCAACAUUUCAGGAACAACCACCUACGCAAUUUCAGCAGUUUCAACAAUUUGACCAACCACAAUUUCGCCGGCAAGAAUCUCCCCAGCUUCAGCAGCUGCAACAAUUUCAGCAGUCGCCGCAGGUUCAACUGCCACUUCAGCGACCGCAGCUGAGGAAUUGGCAACAACCUUUCUUUACGACAGGAAAUCGAUAGAAAAUUUUCCUUAUUUUCAAAAAGUUGGCUGGAAUUGGAUACUAUCAGUUCCCAAAUUAAAUUGCUAAUUUAUACAAUUCAUGAAUUCGUUCACAACAUAUUCAAAUUAAAAAAAUGAUUAUG